AUGAAGCCGGCGCGGCUGCUGCUGCUGCUGAGCGGGUGCGCGCUGCUGCUGGCGCCGGCCGUGCGCGGCUGCGGGCCGGGCAGGGUGGUGGGCAGCCGCCGCCGCCCGCCCCGCAAGCUCAUCCCGCUCGCCUACAAGCAGUUCAGCCCCAACGUCCCCGAGAAGACGCUGGGGGCUAGCGGCCGCUACGAGGGCAAGAUCGCGCGUAACUCGGAGCGCUUCAAGGAGCUGACGCCCAACUACAACCCCGACAUCAUCUUCAAGGACGAGGAGAACACUGGCGCCGACCGGCUUAUGACCCAGCGCUGCAAGGACCGCUUGAACUCCCUGGCCAUCUCUGUCAUGAAUCAGUGGCCAGGGGUGAAGCUGAGGGUGACGGAGGGCUGGGAUGAGGAUGGGCACCACUCAGAAGAGUCCCUACAUUAUGAGGGCCGAGCUGUGGACAUCACAACCUCAGACAGGGACCGCAACAAGUAUGGCAUGCUGGCUCGCCUGGCUGUGGAAGCUGGCUUCGACUGGGUCUACUACGAGUCCAAGGCACACAUCCACUGCUCCGUCAAGUCAGAGCACUCAGCCGCUGCGAAGACGGGGGGCUGCUUUCCCGGGCGGGCACUGGCAACGCUGGAGGACGGUGCCCAGACGCCACUGUGGGCACUGCGCCCAGGCCAGCGAGUGCUGGCAAUGGACGGGGCAGGCAGGCCCACCUACAGUGACUUCUUGGCUUUCCUGGACAAGGAGCCCCGUGCCCUCACCACCUUCCACGUCAUCGAGACACAGGAGCCACCGCGGCGCCUGGUCCUGACGCCCACCCACCUGCUCUUCGUCGCAGAGAACGCCUCGGCGCCCACCGCCCACUUCCGUCCCAUCUUUGCCAGCCUUGUUCACCCGGGACAUUUCGUGCUGGUGGUGGCUGAGGGGGGCAGCUUGCAGCCUGCUGAAGUGGUGCGGGUGUGGGACCGGAGGGAUGUGGGAGCUUAUGCCCCGCUGACACGCCAUGGGACACUGGUGGUGGACGGCGUGGUGGCCUCGUGCUUUGCUCUGGUGCAGGAGCAACAGCUGGCACAGCUGGCAUUCUGGCCACUCCGGCUCUACCACAGCCUGGUGGGGUGGCCAGGGGUGCAGGGGGAUGGUGUGCACUGGUACUCAGGGCUGCUCUACCGCCUGGGGAGGCUGCUCCUGCCUCCUGACAGCUUCCACCCACUGGGGAUAUCCCAAGCGGAGAGCUGAGGGUGCAGCACAGCCCCAGCCAGCACAGCUGGUGGAGGUGGUGGCUGCAGGGUGACUCGCUGGGGGCCAGCACCCCCUCCCAAAGCUGGGUGCCCAUGGGGAGCUGCCUCCAGCCCUGUCUGCUUGGGGUACAGCCACCUCCUGGUUGGGAGCACCAAAGCUCCAUGGUGUGCCUCCUCCAUGUUCACCACCCCCUCCUCAUCCCCUGUUCCUGGGGAUGGGAGGGAGGCAUGAAGGGUUUUCCCCUGGGACAGGAGGUCGCCCCCGGCUGGAUCUACAUGCUGCUAUGUGUGUGUGUGUGCAAUGUAUGUGUGUGUGUGUGUGUGUGUGCCGAAUUAGCUGAUGGAGGUCUGAUAGGUGAGUGGGAGGCAGAAGAAGAGAGUGCCCUGGCUGCUCCACUGGGGCUCCUAGCCUGUCUUCACCCAGUGGGGAGGUUUUGGGAGAGGAGCCCAGGGCCCUUUGCUAGGCAGCCUGGGUGGGAAGGCAGGCAAUGCUAUUUCCAGCCCUGGGACAUGGCAGCUGGGAGGAGGGUGACCCAGGUACUGGGACUGUGCCUUGUCCUUAGCCCAGGUGCAGGGGCACCCAAAACAAGCAGGGGUGGGAGGUCUAGCACAGCUCUGGCAUGAGACCUCCAACUUGGUGACACAAGUGCCACUGGAGUGAUAGACUGGGGAGUGAGGUGCCCAGCUCUGCCCAAAGCCAGCACCAGAACCACCCAGCUGGGCAUCCUGUAGGGCUGCUGUGACAGCAUGGGGUGCUCUGGCUGGCAAUAGGGGCUGUGGAGGCAGACACAUGGGCAGAAGGGUGCAAAUGCCAGCCAGGCAUAGACACACUGGUAGGAUCAGGGGUAGAGGCAGAAAACCUUCCCAGCAUCUGGCUUAGAACUGGCUCAGCCCAAAAGUCUUUCCCCACCCCAAGGCUAAAAACACUCCUCAAGCUUCAGACCCUGGCUGGCUUGACCUCCCCAAACCCCCAGUACUCCAAACCCUCAGGUUAAUUCGUUGCUGCUCACCCACUCCUGGGACCUGGGAAGAGUCCCAUCAGAGCUGCAGCCACAGUUCCCCCACUCCAAAUCCUAGCUAGAUAUCCACUAGAUAAGUGGAGGGGAGAGGGCUGAGGGAGGCUGUAACCCGUGUCCCCCCUGUAGCAUCACGCGUCUUUAUUUAUUUAUCUGCUCUUUGUAUGUACCAUAGAUGGGAGGCAGUGUGGGCGCGUGCAGGGUGAGACAGAAGUGUAGGGCAGGGGUGGGAAAUCGUUUGGUUGGGGGGCUGAUUUUUUUUUUUUUAACAAAAAGCAGAAAUUAUUUAAAGAUUAUUUUAAAGCACAGCUUUUAUGGUGAUUGUUGUCCAGGAUGAAGUGAGGGAGCGCGAGCGUGGCCGAUGGCAGGUGUAUUUUUGUCUCUUCACUGGAUGUACCUCUCCUGGUUGGGGACACAGCCCAAUAAAUCCAUUGUCUCCCUGGCA